AUGACGUACGAAAGACAACCAAAAAACAACACUGUCUUAUACGCAUAUUCAACUGAUAUUGACUAUGAUACAUAUGACGAUGGUGCGUAUCACAUGUUCGAAUUUGGUUAUUUGUUUACAUCAUUUGCAAAUGUUCGAUUCGAUACAAAAGAGGAAGAGGAGAUUGAGUAUCACACGGACAAACAGAGUUUGAGUGAUUCCCUGAGUUCCCAUAAACCGGAUCUAUCACUUGGAUAUGGAAAUUGGACAACUGGAAGUAACUUGUACACUGUGUUGAAGAAGUUUCUCAACAACAAGAAAGCUUCAAUUUGCGGAGCCCUAGUGUUCAUUGCAGUAAAACGGUACCCAAAUGAGACUGAUGUAUCAGACAUCAUUUCCCAACUUCGAGCCAAUCAUGUGAUGGUGAACAUUGCUGUCGACAGUGUCCCAUCAGGUGGUUCCAAUUCUGCAACACUAUACGAAAUGUCAUAUGAAACCAAUGGAUACUGUGCUUUUGCCACCGGAAGGGAACUCGAUAAUGUUUUUCUCUGGAUGACUGGAAUACUUCGACAGCCUUAUCAAUUCAUUGCUCAAAACUUUGUGGUUUCUGGAUCGGGUCGAAUCGAAAUACCGGCAUUCAAAACUCCAAUUCCAAUGGGUAUUAAUGAUGUUGUGCAAUUUGCAAUAACUGUUCAAAAUCACACACUCGACAAUUCAUUCGUAUCAAUGAAUUACACAAUUGCGAGUACUGAUGGAUCUUUUGUUUUUCAAUUUCCGGGUGGCUACUCUUCAUCUCUUUUUGGAACUGCACAAUCAAAUUGGUUUUCUGUGAGCGGAUCCCUCUCGUUCAAAUGGACAAUUGACUAUCAUUACAAUACAGAUGCACCACAAAUCAUUGAAUGCAGAAUUUACAGUGAAUAUUAUCACGACUUCCUUCCACUGCCAGAUUUCAAGUGA